GCAGUGACGACUGUGGCGGAGAAGGCCCGGAGGGCUCUGCGUUCUGGAGUGGCGCUGCUUGGGCCGGUGGCUGAGUGAGGGCUGCUGGUGUCGCGAUUGAGGAGAACUGCGAGUGUGUUCGGCCUAUCACCUUCGGGAUCCCAACCACGAUGAGUGCUGCCCGGGAGUCUCACCCGCACGGGGUGAAGCGUUCAGCCUCCCCCGACGACGAUCUUGGAUCUAGCAAUUGGGAAGCAGCGGACUUAGGCAAUGAAGAGAGAAAACAAAAGUUCUUGAGACUUAUGGGUGCAGGAAAGAAAGAACACACUGGUCGUCUUGUUAUAGGAGAUCACAAAUCAACAUCUCACUUCCGAACAGGGGAAGAAGACAAGAAAAUUAAUGAAGAACUGGAGUCUCAGUACCAGCAGAGCAUGGACAGUAAACUAUCAGGCCGAUACCGGAGGCACUGUGGACUUGGCUUCAGUGAGGUAGAAGAUCAUGAUGGGGAAGGGGAUGUGGCUGGAGAUGAUGAUGACGACGACUCACCGGAUGCUGAGAGUCCAGAUGACUCGGACAGUGAUUCUGAGUCAGAGAAGGAGGAGUCUGCAGAAGAACUCCAUGCUGCUGAGCAUCCUAAUGAUGCAGAAGACCCGAAGAGCAAAAAAGAUGCGAAGAGCAAUUAUAAGAUGAUGUUUGUCAAGUCCAGCGGCUCAUAACUAUUAAAUACUUAGUCCUUGUAUUAAAAGUAAGCCUUAUUGUUAUAAUGCACAGUGGAGGACUGCUUAUAGAGCACAGACCUUUGUAUUAUAAUUUUUAAAAAGGCCCUUUUAAAUAACUACAAAGAGUGUUUGCUUUCAAAUGCCAUGGGUUACACUUUUCCGGGCAUGACUAUAACCAUUUUUGUAAAGAGUCAAGAGUUGUAUAAAAUGAGAAAUAAAUACUGUACUCAGCUUCCUUUCAUAUUAGCAUCGUCAGCCCUCUUACCACCUUUUCACCCCUGCGGAUGCAGUAUGGGGGACACUUAACUUUGCUUGUGAUAGCUUCCAACUUUGUGUUUUAGGUUUAUUCCUAUUUUUCUCUUAUAUGAUUCAUCUGAUACUGUGACAUGUUCAUGAGAAAUGUUCCCUUGAUUACACUUUGUUAAAGUAGACUUGUCCGUCAUGGAUAUGUGCCACAGGCCAGGCUGCCACACUGCAGCCGUUGUUGACAGUCCAUGAUGCUUGUUAAGUCUCCGCUCCCAGACCAGAGUAGCACAGGAGCAAGCACAGGACACUGGUGGGCAGAGGUGCAGCUGUCACAUCUUUCUGAAGGUUGUGAACCCAAAAUGUCUUUAUAUAAUUUGAUUUCAUUGUAUAGUAAAGUUUUGAUAAAAUUUGACUAGUUUUUCAGAAGAUUUUCUCUGCUCAUUUAGUCCUGUGUAUUUAGACAUGUAAAACUGGAUUUUUUUUUUUUUUUUUUUUUUUUUUUAAGAUACUAUGUGACCAAAGUUCGUUUUUUUCCUCCUAAGGUCUAAAUAAAGAGAAAGCAGUUUCCCAUA